GUAUAUAUAUCUCUCUGUUAUUUCAAUUCUUCAAAGAAAUUAUUUUUCCCUUUCUUUAAUUCGAACAUAUAAACAUAACAUUCCCUCUCCCCCAUUCAUCACCUUUCUCUAAGUGCAGCAAACUAUAUGGCAUCCAUUUGGGACCCACCGUUCAUGGAGGCAUACAAGAACUUGUUGGAGAAGAAAGAAGAUAUGAGGAAUAAUAAUGAGGUGGUGGUGGUUGAGGAAUGCGAGCUUCCGGUGAUAGAUCUGAGCCUCUUAGAAGCGAGUGAGGAGUUGGCGAGGGAAGAGUGCAAGUCACAGAUAGCUAGGGCUUCUGAGGAGUGGGGAUUCUUCCAGGUUGUGAAGCACGGCAUCUCCGGCGACAUACUGAAAAGGCUGAGGUGGCAGCAGGAGAAGGCCUUCAAGGAACCUUUCGAUGUGAAGGCCAAAGAGGACAACUUCUCCGCCGGUGCCUACCGCUGGGGAUCCCCUACUGCCACUUGCAUCAAACAGUUAUCUUGGUCUGAGGCUUUUCAUAUUCCCUUAACCGAUAUCAUUGGCUCCAAUAAUAUUCCAUCCAACACUCUCAGGUCGACAAUGGAACAGUUUGCAAGCAGAGUGUCGAGGCUAGCAGACAGAAUAGCAGAAAUACUGGCGGAGAAAAUGGGUGACAAGUCAAGCUUCAUGAAGGAGAAUUGCUUGCCAGACACUUGUUAUCUGAGACUGAACCGAUAUCCAGCGUGCCCAGUGAGGUGCGGUCACGAGAUUAAUGGACUGAUAACGCACACUGACAGUGACUUCCUGACCAUACUAUACCAAGAUCAUGAGGUGGGAGGGUUGCAGUUGGUGAAAGAUGGAAAGUGGAUAGCAGUGAAACCCAACCCUGAAGCUCUUAUUGUCAACAUCGGAGACUUAUUCCAGGCAUACAGCAAUGGGCUAUACAAGAGCGUGCAGCAUCGGGUUGUGGCGAAUCCCACAUCGGAGAGAUUCUCCACUGCGUAUUUCUUUUGCCCUUCCAAUGAUACUGUUAUAGAUAGCUGCAGGAAGCCCUCUCUUUACCGCAAAUUCAACUUUCGUGAGUACAGACAACAAGUUCGAGAUGAUGUUCGCACCCUUGGCUCCAAAAUAGGCUUGCCAAGGUUUCUUGUCACUCAUCAUUAUCAUCAACCAUAAUUAAUACAUUUAUUCAUUUAUUAUAUAUUUCUCUGCCUGCCUGUGCCUGGACGGAAGAAUGAACGAGCUAAGUUUUAUCUAGCUGGUGAUCUAUAGAAAUAUAUGUUAUGUCAGUCGUUAAUUCAUAUACUCAGACAUAGCUGCUGGUUUCACCCUGCAUGUUUUAUGCUGUCUCAUUUUGUCUGCUGUUAUACCAUAAUACAAGCUGC